CUCUGGUUGGUUGCUAUGGACGACAGAGACGCCAACUAUAAGGCCUUGUUGGCUGUCCAGGCAGGCUGGGAGUUGUCGCAGCAUACUAAGAGAAUAUUCAGCUCGUUUGUAUAUACAGAGAAGAUUUCAAAUGGUGAAACAGAAGUCCAACAAUUGGCCAAGAAGAUCCGAGAGAAGUUUAACCGUUACUUGGAUGUGGUGACGCGGAAUAAACAGGUGGUGGAGGCAUCAUACACGGCCCAUCUCACCUCCCCUCUCACCGCCAUCCAGGACUGUUGCACCAUCCCGCCAUCUAUGAUGGACUUUGAUGGGAACUUCAAUACCAACGUCUCGAAAACAAUAAGUUGUGACCGAUUGUCCACGACGGUGAACAGUAGAGCGUUCAACCCCGGCCGAGACCUCAAUUCAGUUCUCGCAGACAACCUGAAAUCUAACCCUGGUAUUAAAUGGCAGUAUUUUAGCUCCGAAGAAGGAAUUUUUACUGUUUUUCCGGCACACAAGUUCCGAUGCAAAGGAAACUACGAGCACCGCAGCAGACCCAUCUACGUGUCCACGGUGAGGCCGCAGUCGAAGCACAUUGUCGUCAUCAUGGACCACGGGGCGUCCAUCACAGAGACUCAGCUGCAGAUCGCCAAGGACGCCGCGCAGGUCAUCCUGAACUCCAUCGACGAGCACGAUAAGAUUUCUGUCUUGACCGCGGCCGACGCUGUAAGAACCUGCUCCCUGGACCAGUGUUACAAGACGUUCCUGUCCCCGGCCACCAGUGAGACCAAGAGGGAGAUGGCCAGCUUCGUGGGCAGCAUUAAGUCCUCGGACAGCCCCACGCAGCACGCGCUCGGCUUCCAGAAGGCGUUCCAGCUGAUACGGAAUACGAACAACGGCACCAGGAUUCAACCAAACACUGACUUGGUAAUCAUCUAUUUAUCGGCUGGAAUCACCUCGAGGGAUUCAUCAGAGGAGGAUAAGAAAUCCACGCUGAGAGUCAUCAAUGAAGAGAACAUCCAGCUGAACAAUUCCGUCAUGAUCCUCACGUACGCCAUUAUGAACGAGGGAGUGACUGGAUUGAAGGAGUUGGCGUUCCUCCGUGACCUAGCAGAGCAGAAUUCAGCAAAAUAUGGCUUUUCUGAUAAGAGCGGACAUCCCAUCACCAAGGGGAGCAUGAUGGUCCUGAAUCAGCUCAGCAACCUAGAGACAACGGUGGGGAGGUUUUAUACCAAUCUGCCCAACCGCAUGAUCGAUGAGGCAGUGUUCAGCCUCCCGUACUCUGACGAGAUGGGCGACGGUCUGAUUAUGACCGUCAGCAAGCCGUGUUAUUUUGGGAACCUUCUCCUGGGAAUCGUGGGCGUAGACGUGAACCUCGCUUACAUCCUCGAGGACGUUACCUACUACCAGGACUCGCUGGCCUCGUACACUUUUCUCAUAGAUAACAAAGGUUACACAUUAAUGCAUCCAUCGCUGACCCGGCCGUACCUGCUGGUGGAGCCCCCCUUGCACACCGAUAUUAUACAUUAUGAGAACAUACCCAAGUUUUCAUUGGUUCGGCAGAACAUUCUCAGCCUCCCCCUGGGCAGUCAGAUUAUUACGGUGCCUGUGAAUUCCUCCCUGUCUUGGCACGUCAACAAGCUGCGAGACCCUGGGAAGGAGGCGUACAAUGUCAGCUAUGCCUGGAAAAUGGUUCAGGACACGUCCUUUAUCCUGUGUAUUGUGGUGAUUCAGCCAGAAAUCCCCGUCAGACAGCUGAAGAACCUGAACACGGUGCCCAGCAGUAAGCUCCUGUACCACCGCCUGGACCUCCUCGGCCAGCCCUCCGCCUGUCUCCACUUCAAGCAGCUGGCUACAUUAGAAAGUCCUACUGUCAUGUUGGCCGCUGGAAGUUUCUCUUCUCCAUACGAGCAUCUGAGUCAACCAGAGACGAAGCGCAUGGUGGAGCACUAUACGGCGUAUCUCAGCGAUAACACUCGACUCAUCGCAAACCCGGGUCUGAAGUUUUCUGUCAGAAAUGAAGUCAUGGCUACCAGUCACGUCACCGAUGAAUGGAUGAGACAGAUGGACAUGAGCAGUCUGAACAGUUACAUUGUCCGCCGUUACAUAGCAACGCCCAAUGGGGUGCUGCGCAUAUACCCCGGGUCCCUCAUGGACAAAGCAUUUGAUCCCACUAGGAGACAAUGGUAUCUUCAUGCAUUGGCCAAUCCAGGACUAAUCACGUUCACAGGACCGUACCUGGACGUGGGAGGUGCCGGUUACGUGGUCACCAUUAGUCACACUGUCCAGUCCACUAAUUCCCAGGCCUCCUCUGGCCACACCGUCGCCGUCAUGGGCAUUGACUUUACGCUGCGAUACUUCUACAAAGUCCUGAUGGAGCUGCUUCCGGUUUGUAACCAAGAUGGCGGGAACAAAAUAAGGUGCUUCAUCAUGGAGGACAGAGGUUACCUGGUGGCGCAUCCUACGCUCAUUGACCCGAAAGGCCACGCCCCGGUGGAGCAGCAGCACAUCACCCAUAAGGAACCUCUGGUCGCCAACGACAUCCUCAACCACCCGAAUUUCGUUAAAAAGAAUCUGUGCAACAGCUUCAGCGACAGAACCGUCCAGCGAUUCUACAAGUUUAACACCAGCCUAGUGGGGGAUCUGACCAAUCUCGUCCAUGGCAGCCACUGCUCCAAGUACCGUCUGACCAGGAUCCCCGGAACCAACGCCUUUGUGGGGAUAGUGAAUGAGACCUGCGACUCCCUGGCGUUCUGCGCCUGCAGCAUGGUGGACCGGCUGUGCCUGAACUGUCACAGGAUGGAACAGAAUGAGUGUGAAUGUCCCUGUGAGUGCCCCCUGGAGGUGAACGAGUGUACCGGCAAUUUAACAAAUGCAGAAAGCAGGAACCCGAGUUGUGAGGUCCAUCAGGAGCCCAUGACUUUCACAGUACUGGACCCAAACCUCCAAGAUGCCCUGGCACAGUGCGUCAACACCGGAUGUAACCAGAGGAUGGAGAGCGGUUAUUGCUUCGGGGUCCUGGACUGUGAGUGGUGUGUGGUGGACAGCGAUGGAAAGACCCACCUAGAUCGCCCAUAUUGUGCCCUGCAGAAGGAAUGCUUCGGGGGCAUUGUGGGAGCCAAGAGCCCUUAUGCCGACGAUCUGGGGUCUAUUGGUGACGAGGUGAUAACGCUGAAUAUGAUAAAAAGCGCCCCCGUCGGUCCGGUAGCCGGAGGUAUAAUGGGUUGCAUAAUGGUGCUGGUCCUUGCCGUCUACGCUUACAGACAUCAGAUUCAUCGCAGAAGCCACCAGCACAUGUCUCCGCUGGCAGCGCAGGAGAUGUCCGUGCGCAUGUCCAACCUGGAAAACGACCGCGACGAGCGAGACGACGACAGCCACGAGGACCGCGGGAUCAUCAGUAACACCCGCUUCAUCGCGGCAGUGAUCGAAAGACACGCGCACAGCCCGGAACGGCGGCGGCGGUACUGGGGACGGUCGGGAACAGAAAGUGAUCAUGGCUACAGCACCAUGAGUCCGCAGGAGGACAGCGAGAACCCUCCGUGUAACAACGACCCGUUAUCAGCGGGGGUGGACGUGGGCAACCACGACGAGGAGCUAGAACCCGACACCCCGCCCCAGACUGCUGCUCUACUGAGCCACAAGUUCCACCACCACUAUAGACUCCACCACCCCACGUUACACCACAGCCAUCACCUACAGGCGGCGGUCACCGUGCAUUCUGUGGACGCCGAGUGCUGAUCAACCACGGACAGUAAGACCCUCGGUGCUGCCGCCGCGCUGUGUGCGGGACCCCCUGACAUAACAUGGCGCCAAACAAUGCAAACUACUUUCCACGGACCCCUCAAUCCCUCCUGUUAUACUGCUUGCCUUUGGAUGACGGGACAUCGACUGCAACUCACACAAUGGGUCUGUAACGUUUUCGGAAUUGACCCCUGAGAAAGAAAGACAAAUGUAAAUCAGAGGAAAAUAUUUCUUUUUUUUUUUUUUUCCUUUUUUUUUUUUUCUUUUUUUUUUU